GAGGUCUACCGCAUGGGAGAAUUGGGUUGGGCGAUGGGUAUGUGGAUCGUGAGGCUUAUUCUAGACGACGGAGCUCCAGUGCCAGUUCUAGUCGGUCACAGUCUACUGCGGAGACAAAUGAAUUAAAAGAGCAAUUGAGACGUACCCAAGAGCAGAUGCAACAGAUGCAGCAACAGAUGCAGUAUUUGAUGAUGGCACAGUUCUUGGCUGGGGGUAGCACCGGAUCUCAGUUCGGUAUGCCGCAGCAAUCACAAGGUUCCGAGAGUGGCCAAGCAUAUAUUCCACCACCUCAGGGAUUCAUGGCGAUGUUGGGCGCAUCUCGGUCUGGAGGCCAAGCUUCUACAGGUGUUCUCCCACAAAUGCCGCCGUUCGGUCCGUGGUGGCAGACUCCGCCAGCACCAUUUCCUCCACCAGCAGCGGGUUCCCGUCAAGGAACGCCUGAUGGCGACAUAUUUCUCAAUUUGAGCGGUGGAGGUGCGAGUGGCGGAGGUGCGAGUGGCGGAGGUUCGAACCACGACAUGGCGAUGGAUUGAUCACCUUGCGGGGAAACUUGAAUUUGUCACCUUAGAAGACUUUGAACAUGUUUAUGUGAGAUAUUAUGCUUGUGUUUAUGUGGAUUUUGGACAUGUAUUACUGUUGAGGAGGUUAUGCUUGUGUUUAUUGCUGUUGACUGUAUGGAUCGGAGGUUAUGCUUGUGUUUAUUGCUGUUGAUCGGAGGUUAUGCUUGUGUC